AUGAGGCGAGUGAGAGUGAAGAUUGAGCAAACAUUAGUAAUGGUUGAUGAAGGCAAAAAGAAAGCAAAGAACCAGCGAUUGGCUGUUGCAACAAUUGUCGUAGCAAGGAAUGGAUCCUUGUGUAUAUUAGAUAGAGGUUCUAAUUCUCCACCUCAAGAUGAACCCAAUGAAGUACCUAAUAGUCAAGGAAUGCAAGACAACUCUAACAAAGAAGCAUCAAAGAAGAAGACUAGGGGUAAGACAAAGUUGUUGAUUCUUACCAAAGAAAAAACGAAGGGGUCUCGUGUUGUUGUAGAGCUCAAUUUGGCAGACCAACCAUUUAGAGAUAAUGCAGCUAGAUUUUCUUCAUUCCUAGGGAUCACAGCAAGAGAACUAGUGCCAAUAACAUUGAAGAGUUGGAAAGAUAUGUCAGAAAAUUUUAUAAAUCAAACAUGGGAACAUGUCACGCAACAAUUCAAUCUUGAUGAUUGCCACAAAAAUAUACUUUUCGAAAGUUAUGCAAACUUUGGAGGGAUCAUCGAUCCCAUUUAG